CUAAGAGUUGGUUAUGCUAAUGAGCCCGUGCGCUCAUAGUUUAUGUGACCCCUCCAGGAGUCAGUCCUAACACCGACUCCGUGUUGUAAACACGUCUGGAAUAAAACUCCUCGUCUGCACUUGUCGUUGUCCGAGUUGUUCAACGCGUCCUUGGUCACUAACUGGCGUGGCGGCAGCGCUGGGAAACGUCCAACCCAUGCUUCGUCAAAACUUCGUCCAAGAGAUCGCACCUUAAAGCAUCCGGAGAGUGACACGCAACGAGGCGGACAGACAUCCUCCUUUGACCGCAGAAAGAGUCACCCGAGGUCAGCAAGCCUUCCCUGACCCUCAGCCUUUCGCCACAUUCCACGCGGAACCACUUUCGGCGACGGCACACCCAGGGAGGCGACCGACGGGGCUCCAAGACGCAACCGGGAAUACUGUCCACAGUUAUUCCAGCCGGCGGAGAAUCGACAUUCUCCGGCCACAUCCGGUAGUGCAGCGCGCCCGCCAUCUUGUUUCUUUGUGAGUUCAACCACGCAUCCGGGCAGCCCUUCCCCGAAGAGGACAAUUUCGUGCCGGUUGGCGACCGAACCAAGAGAGUUCCCCGCACCGGACGGAUUGGGCCAACCUUCGUUUAGGAAGACAGCUUGCGCCGGGUCCGCAACCGAACUGCACCAAAACAAGGCGUGUUCCUGCAUCGCCCAGACGAACGCACGUGCUUCUCUCGGUCAGUUCCUUUGUUCUUUGUUCUGACAUCAUGGCGACCGCCACUCGAGCUCCGCGCCAGUGGUGCUUAACCAAGACUGAGACGAUCAACUCCUUCGAGAACUGGCGAUCGAACCUCGUGUACGUUCUGUCCCUCGACACCAAAUUUGCUCCUUUCCUGACCGACGGAUUCACCUGGCAAAAGAAAGGAGUAGAGAACCGCGGUCUCGCGAACGAUGCCGACCCUGUCCCAGAAAACGCACGGCGAACAGCGGCGCAGAAGGCGGCCAGCUUGGACCUUAUGUUGGGACAGAUUGCUAACUUCUGCCCCAUCAUUUCCCGUAACCGUAUAGUCAAGGCAAGUACCUCUUUGUCAGAUAUAUGGCAAGCGAUACGGCUUCACUUCGGUUUUCAGUCCACCGGAGGGUACUUUUUGGACAUUGCUAGCGUCAAGUUAGAACCAAACGAGAGACCGGAAGAUUUAUUCCAGCGGCUGACAGCAGCCGUAGACGACAACUUACUUACCAGUGCGGGGGGUAUUACCCAUCACGGUGAAGCUGUAACCACCGACGAAGAAGUCACUCCAUCAUUGGAAAACAUGAUAGUACUGUUAUGGCUGAGAAUGCUACACACAGAUCUCCCUGCCCUAGUAAAACAGAGGUAUGGAGCAGAGUUGAGACACAAGACGUUGGCUUCUAUCAAACCUGAGAUUUCAUUGGCCCUUAAGUCCCUGCUAGCUGAGCUACACUGUACUGAAGAAAUCAGAACCUUGCGACUGCAGCAUCCCCGCAAACAGUUUCAGGGACAGCAACCCCAGAACAAGAAAGAGUGCCCUCUGUGCAAGCAAUCAGGCAGACCUUCCAUCGACCACUACUUGAGUGCCUGCCCACAUCUCCCGGAAGCCGAUCGCGAGUACAUACUACGACCAAGACACCACCGUGAUAACACAAUCUAGACCCGAACUGUACCGGCCACACCACGAACUGAACUGUACCUGUUACAGAACAUUCAAAAUCGCUACCUGAACAUCUACUUGACGAACAUUCUGAACUCUGACCCACUCGUAAUAUGAUAUGUGAUCCUCCACCCACAUGUAGUACGAUGAUAUACAUGUAUUUCUUAUGUUCACAUGCAGUAUCUAGUAGGAUAUAUAUUUGUUAUCUUGACUCAUCCAGCAAGGCUAGUUAGUGACCUAGUUUUAGAUACUGAUAUAGAUAAAAGAUAGUAGAAGGUCAGCCAAGUUCAGGGCUAGUUCGUUACCUCUUGUUUAAGACAUAAUCAGUUGUAUCUUAAACGUGAUUAAUCAAACUAAGACCAAAGUUUGCAACUGGUUUCCAGUAGUGCACUUUAACAUGAGCUGUUGAGUUCUAAAGUUUCAAGUUAGCUAGACUUUGUUUUACUAAGCAUAUGUAGUAGCCAGUAUACUAAUAUAUGUUUCAAACGUUACGUUAACCUCCGUAGAAAGAUAGAAAGAAAGAAGCAAAGAAAGAAGAAAAGGAAUCACGCCACUAAGAGUUGGUUAUGCUAAUGAGCCCGUGCGCUCAUAGUUUAUGUGACCCCUCCAGGAGUCAGUCCUAACACCGACUCCGUGUUGUAAACACGUCUGGAAUAAAACUCCUCGUCUGCA